GUGACUGCGAAAUAGUUGGGCUUCUCCGCGCUUCGGCGUGGAUGACAUAUCAACGUUCAGAGUGCUAAUUUUCUUUUCCUGCCGUUCCAGCCUGUGUGUUUGGAUUAACACUGCUGUCUGGGUGUUCUGCUGCACAGCAUCUGCGAAGCCGCGCCGGUCGCAUCCUGGAACUCGUCGCCACCCCUCCCCCGCCUACCCGCGACCAUGAGCGCGAUUCUCUCCGCCGACGACCUCAAUGACUUCAUAUCGCCCGGUGUCGCGUGCAUAAAACCCAUCGAGACACUGCCGGUGAAAGAGGAAAAUAGCGCCAACCCGUACGAAGUCACCACCGAAGAGAAGGCCGCGGCCGCCGAACCACCGCCACCCGCACAGAUAUCGCUCACAGACUGCCUCGCGUGCUCAGGGUGCGUGACGAGUGCCGAGGCUGUGCUGGUGCAGCUGCAGUCGCACAACGAGGUUCUGUCUACCCUGGAUACGUACAAGUCGCUGGACACACCGUGGCUGGCGCAGAACGGGACGAACGGAAUAAAUGGAGUUGCAAAUGGACACACACAUACCAACGGCUGCAACGGGCACCAUGCUGAGGGGAGGUUGUUCGUUGCUAGUGUGUCGCCUCAGGCGCGCGCAAGUCUGGCGGCUGUCUUCAAUGUGAGCGAGGCUGAAGCUGGGAAUAUGAUUACACAACUCCUGAGCGGGCCUUCUGGGGUGAAGGCUGGGGGGAAUCAGGGCAGUGGAUUUACAUGGGUCAUUGACACAGACGUGGUGCGCGAAGCAUGUCUGGUCGCGGCCGCAGACGAAGUAGCAACGGCUCUCUCGCCAGAAACCUCAAAGACAAUCGCGAAGCCCGGGAGCGAAGGCGCCAUUGAUACCACGCCGAAAGGUCCGAUCCUCACAUCAGCAUGUCCUGGCUGGAUAUGCUACGCCGAGAAGACACAUCCAUACGUCCUCCCAUACCUCUCGCGCCUCAAGUCACCACAAGCCCUCACCGGCACCCUCAUCAAAUCCGUCCUCAGUCAGCGAUACAACAUUGCACCCUCGCAGAUAUGGCAUCUUGCCAUCAUGCCCUGCUUCGACAAGAAACUCGAGGCCAGCCGCAGCGAACUCACAUCCACCGCGUGGCUACCCAGCCACGACCCCUCAGAGCCCGUCCGCGACGUCGACUGCGUAAUCACCGCGCGCGAGCUCCUCUCUCUCGCCUCCGCCCGCAACAUCUCCUUCACCUCGCUCCCCCGCACACCCCUCGCCCACCGAACCCCCUUCCCCGACCCCACCCUCGACGCCUUCCUUUUCCCGCCAUCCCACCCGAAAACCCAGUCCCAAGACGCGGGCACCUCAGGCGGCUACCUCUAUCACAUCCUGCAAACCUACCAAACCGCCCACCCCGGCUCCACAAUCUCCGUCUCGCGCGGCCGCAACGCCGACGUCGUCGAAUACACGCUGACGCUGGGCGCCGACACGCUCCUGCGCACCGCCCGCUUCUACGGCUUCCGCAACAUCCAGAACCUGGUGCGGCGCCUCAAGCCCGCAAAGGCGAGCCGCCUCCCCGGCGGCAAGACGGGCGCCGUGCGCCGCCCGCCCGGCAAGGCCGCCCCGGAGACCAAGGACUAUGCCUACGUCGAGGUCAUGGCGUGUCCCGGCGGCUGCACCAACGGCGGCGGCCAGGUCAAGCUCACGGAGGUCGCGGAGCUGCGGGCGCGCGAGACGCAGGAGCCUGCGCUGCUCGCGGACAGCGAGCCCGUCAAGCCCGGGCCCGCGGAGCAGAAGGAGUGGCUGGCUCGGGUCGACGAGGCGUAUUUCUCCGCGUCGGACUCGGAGUCGGAUGAGGAGCGCGUGCAUGCAGACGCCGCCGCUGCGGUGGACGCGCCCGAUGCGCUGAUCGACAUCGUGAAUGGCGUGGACCGGCGCCGCGUCAGGGACGUGGUUGCGCACUGGGCGCGCAUCACGGGCGUUGACGCCGGGAGGCUGCUGUACACGAGCUACCGGAAGGUGGAGAGCGACGUGGGCAAGAAGGUGAGCGACAUGGAGAGGGUUGCCGGGCUGGCGGUGACUGUAGGCGGGGGGUGGUAGGCGUCGACUCGACGCGACUCCUCGAAGAUGAGGGAUGAUGAGACGACGACACGAGAAGAUCUGAAAGAAUACCGCUUUGCAAGAUGCCAUAUAGAACACACCCCAUAGACCCGCCCAUCCCGACACAUAGACUUAGUCCGCAAUACCACGCCCGCGGUCCACGCACCAGCGCCUUGUCUCUAUAUCUCCAA